AUGGCCGGCCCGUCCACGCCGCGGUUCGCCGCCCCCCUGCCGCAGUCCCCGCGGUCCAGCGUGCUCGAAUGGCGAUUCCCCAAGCCGCACAGCCAGCUCGUGCUGACCGGCCGGUCCCGCGCCGCCUGGCACACGUCGUUUGUGCUCCCGUCGCUCAACCUGCUGCUGGACGCCGGCCUGGUGGUCAACAACCAGCGCCCCAAGCACAUCUUCCUGACGCACGGCCACAGCGACCACACGCUGCUGGCGCCGGCCUUUGUCAAGCGCGACGACCCGCCGGACAUCUUCUGCCCGGCCGAGAUGCGCGCCGCCCUCGACGACUUUGUGCUGGCCAAGACGAUGCUGAACCGCGGCGGCGAGAUUGGCGCCGAGGACGCCGCGGCCUGUGGCCUGCCCGUGGACGCCGCCGUCGUUGCGCGCAGCGAGCAGCUGGGCCGGACGCCGUCGGCCACGGCCUUUCUCGGGACGCACCGGACGCACGCGCUGCGGCCCGGCGACUCGGUGCCUCUGCGGCGCGCCCCGGGGGUCUCCGCCACGGCCUUCCGCUGCCAUCACCAGGUGCCCUGCCUGGGCUACGUCUUCAGCAAGACCACGCAGCGCCUCAAGCCCGAGUUCGCCGCUCUGUCGGGCCCCGAGCUGCAGGCCAAGCGCAAGGCCGGCGAGGAGCUCACGGCGCCUCACACGGCUCCCAUCUUCGCCUUUAUGGGCGACACCACGGCCCAGACGCUGGCUGAGGAGCCGGCGUGGCUGCAGGAGGGCAUCCCCGUGGUGAUUACCGAGUGCAGCUUCUUGUACGAGGAGCAUCGGGCGCAGGCGGAGAAGACGAAGCACACGCUGUGGAGCGACCUGGAGCCCAUCAUCCGCAAGUGGCCGCGGACGACGUUUAUCUUGACGCAUUUCAGCAUGAGGUAUGACGAUGCUGAGGUUGCAAAGUUUUUUAAAGAGAUGCCUGAUCCACCAGAUAAUAUGGUUGUGUGGGCAGAUUUGGAGUGUUGA